AUGUCGCCUUCAAUUACGUAUUUGAUUGUGGUCGGGCUCGCUUUCCUCGCAACUUCCGAAUGCGCAUUUGACGCUCUUGUCAACCUCAUUGCAAGCUCAAAUCUCACCAGGACCGCCUUGGUAAGUGAUGAUGAGUCGCAUGGCCUCGUACUAGUGGCCGACAACGACUUAUGGACACUCGCCGUCGCGCGUGGUGCCAAGUUACUGCAGGGCAUGAAAGCCAGCGAUACCGAAGCUGCCACCCUCUAUGGUCUAGGAACCACGGCCGAAUCGCCCUUUGACGGCGAUCUCAUCGACGAGCUACGAGAAUGGGGUUACAACGAUGAUAACGACGCUCUGGCUAAACAAGCAGACCCAGAAUGCAACUUCGACAGUCGUGAUGGGCACAUGCUGGCGAAAGCAUUCAGAGAGCUGAAGAUCGGAACUAAGAGCAAGAACAAAGGCGGGCCCAAUCAAUGUUUCCUGAUCGAGCACUUCGAUGGCCCAGCAGUCAAGAAGGGAGACGGUGGCCAAUUGCCAGCAAAGACUGAUCAGCGAUACGACGUAUGUGGAAAAGAGUACAAAGUGACAAAUGCAGAGCACAGCAUAGGUGCCAACGCAGAAUCUGGAGCUUUAUACGUCAUGCAAAUAUCCUCUGCCGCCAAAGCAGCACGCCAACUAUGGAAACGUGCUCCCCUCGUCGAAGAGUUACCUGCUAUUCGAAGCGUCUCUGACAUCGCCUGGGCAUUCUGGAACCGCGUACACCAAGAUGGAGGACUGGACAAUAUCAAGUACCUGUUUUUCAUGAUGAUCAUCAACAAAGAGACAAACCAAUAUGUCAAACGUGCUCUGGAUACACUGUCGCCCCCAAAAGAGGAAGCAGACGGUUGGGCAGGAAAUGACUUUGCCAUGGACACGGACGAGGGCAAAGCGCUGCUUGGCUCACCUGUUGGACGAUGGGCAGGUUACUUUCUUCUACAGCAUAAAAGACAGCUUGGAGGCAACAAGUAUAUCUCCAAGGUGAGGGUGUUCAAGAGCGAGAAGGAAGGAAGCUCGCCGUACUUUCUGUUCUAUGUUGAGGGACCGGCGGCGAUGGCGGAAAAGAGGGAGGAAAGAAACGAGCCUGAGAUACAGAAUCGGAAUGAGGAACCCAAGAUUGUGGGAAGAAGCGUGGAUGGAAAACAUAUCAUCAGGGAACAUGUUGUCCGAGCAAGGCUGUGA